UUCCCCUUGCGUCUGAGACCUACUUUUGGACUUAAGCACUGCAACAGGAGUAAGCUCCCAUCCACACGGCAAUGUUGGACUCCGUAACGCACAGCAUUUUUCUGCCAAACACAAUGGGCUGUGAACCCCUGAUGUCUUGGACAGAAUUGUUUGGGACAACUGAAGAUUAUUAUCCCACCGUCGACCAUCAGACAGGGUCUGACUUAUUUUGGACAUCCAUUCAUCCGGAAUACUGGAGCAAACAAAAUGUCUGUGACUGGCUGCAGUUUUGCUGUGACCAAUAUAAACUAGAUGCCAACUGUAUCUCCUUUUCCCACUUUAAUAUUAACGGCUUGCAGCUGUGCAGCAUGAGUCAAGAGGAGUUUGUACAUGCUGCAGGCAUCUGCGGCGAAUACCUAUAUGUCAUCCUACAGAACAUCAGGAUGCAUGGCAUUUCUUUUUUUAAUGACAAUGAAGAAACAAAGCCGUCUAUUGGAGAUUACAAUGCUAAGGCAUGCCUGAGUGCGGGUGGCAUCAAGAGUCAAGAAUGUCACAGUCAUGGCAGAACAAGCCUACAGAGUUCUCACCUGUGGGAAUUUGUAAGAGACCUGCUCCUGUCUCCUGAAGAAAACUCUGGUAUUCUUGAAUGGGAGGAUAGAGAACAAGGCAUUUUUCGGGUUGUUAAGUCAGAAGCACUGGCAAAGAUGUGGGGGCAAAGGAAGAAAAAUGACAGAAUGACAUAUGAAAAACUGAGCAGAGCUCUCCGGUACUAUUAUAAAACUGGAAUUUUGGAACGAGUGGACAGAAGGCUAGUCUACAAGUUUGGAAAGAAUGCUCAUGGAUGGCAAGAGAACAAGCUAUGAAUUCCCCACACAGAGCAAACUACCUGUGCAACCCAAAGUGUUUGACAGGAACAGACACUUGAGAAAAGGACUUUUUCUCUUGCCUUUGUCCUCUCUGACAGGCUGAACUAAUGGGCGGUGGUCCAUUUCUAGGAGAGACAAGCCAGAGUACCAUUUUGACAGCACUAGAAUUUGGGGGCUUCUUCCCCACAACA